UUGCGUUCUGAUGCGUUGUUUCUCUUCUAUACCAUUUGAUUCAUGUUAGCUCAUGAUAGCCUUGCAAUGUUACAUUUUAACUUAGGCGCACUCUCGAGUAAUUAGUUGGCGCGAGGUGAUCUGAGUCAGUGGUAUUGUUUGCAGCAAUUUCAGAUUUGAAGCCGAAAAAGCAGUAGCCAAUUUCCGCGUAAAAGCCAUGCUCAGGGAUUGUGUCUGAGGCUAACGAGUUAGCUAAUGCUAGCUUUACAUCAAUUAGGGCAACGGUAGCAGAUACGGCAUUUGGCCGUUAGCAUGUCAAGCUAGGUAUUUCCCUGGGAAAGUAUUACAUAAGCAAAGGGCUAACGCUAGACAUGGCCACUAUAAAAUAUCAACAUAAGGCCGUGUCCUACUGAAGUAUCAACAUAAGGCCGUGUCCUACUGAAGUUUUGAGAUGCGUGAUGCAAAUUAUGAUAUCACGUUGUAUUUCAUGCACAAUGUCUAAUAGGUUUGCUAGCAUUAGGCUUAAUAUUAUACUAUGUGUUGAGAACCAAGGACUAUCCUAGGAAGCGUACUGUUUCAUAAACUGGAAAUGUUUAGCAAGCUGCAUUGAAUCUAGACCAGAUCUUUAUCGUAUCAAUAAUGCAAACUUUAAAGUCAACUACAAAUGUAUGUGAUCCGAUUUGAUGAUAGCAGGUAUACAACCUGCACACAUUAGAACCCUUCAGACUGUCAUUAUUAGUCAUCAUUUUCCGAAUGACGUUUCAUUUUGUCUUUAUCCUUGAGAGUGAAAUGCGCUGUCAUGAUUACUGUUGUCAACCUGGCCGGUAUGUGCACGAGAUGGUGGUAGAAGAGGUUCACUCAAAACAUGUCUGGGUUCCUCUGUCACAGACAUGAACCAGUUUUGUCUCUAGCCACUUUGAUAUUCAACUAAACAAAACCCCUUAUCAAACAGUCUUAACACAUUUGCCAUACAAUAUUCACUGCUAAAUAUGCGUUUGUGAAAUACUAUGGUUCUAAAUAUGAUCCAAAACAUCUAGAAGGUGCAUUACUUUUUCAUUCAAAUGGAAGUGAUGUCUAUGUUUCCUCUAAAAGUACUCUGCACGCUCAAAGACAGAUGAUGCUCUUGGCCCAAGUGAACAGGGAUUCUCAGGCCAUGGAGUUCCAAAGUGUAGAUGGGGAUUCCCAGCAGGUUACCCUCUGUCUAACAGAGGCUGUGACCGUGGCAGAUGGCGAUCACAUUGAGAACCUGGAUACAGUUAGCCUGCAGGCGGUGACACUGGUUGAUGGGUCCACAGCGUACAUACAACACAACCCGAAAGUUCUCUCAGACAGCAAACUGAUGGAAGGGCAGGUGAUUCAGCUUGAGGAUGGCUCGGCUGCGUAUGUUCAGCACUUAUCCAUGCCUAAGUCAGGUGGUGAAGGCUUGCGACUAGAGGAUGGUCAGGCGGUACAGCUUGAGGAUGGCACAACAGCCUACAUCCAUGCACCCAAAGAGACGUAUGAGCAGAGUGGGUUGCAGGCGGUUCAACUAGAGGACGGCACCACGGCCUAUAUUCAGCACACUGUCCACAUGCCCCAGUCCAACACCAUCCUGGCCAUCCAGGCUGACGGCACUGUAGCAGACCUGCAAGCAGAGGGCGCCAUAGAUGCUGAGACGAUCAGUGUGCUGGAGCAGUAUUCUGCUAAGGUAGAGGGCUCCGACUGUGGCUCAGGACUGCUGGGUAGAGGAGACAGUGAUAAUGGUGUCCACAUGCAGAUUGUGCUGCAGGGCCAGGACUCGCGAGCCACCCGAGUGCAGCAUGUGGGAGAGAAGACAUUCCGCUGUGAGCACGAAGGCUGCGGAAAGCUCUACACCACAGCACACCACCUCAAGGUACAUGAGCGAUCACACACAGGGGAUAAGCCGUAUUUGUGUGAACAUAUGGGAUGUGGAAAGAAAUUUGCAACAGGGUAUGGGCUCAAAAGUCACAUCAGAACACACACAGGCGAAAAGCCAUACCGCUGCCUGGAGACCAAUUGUCAUAAGUCCUUUAAAACAUCAGGAGACCUGCAGAAGCACACACGGACACAUACAGGCGAGAAGCCGUUCAAGUGCCCGUUUGAAGGCUGUGGCCGCUCUUUCACCACUUCCAACAUUCGCAAGGUGCACAUCCGCACACACACGGGGGAAAGGCCUUACUACUGCUCCGAGCCUAGCUGUGGGAGGGCCUUCGCCAGCGCCACCAACUACAAAAAUCACAUGAGGAUCCACACAGGAGAGAAGCCAUAUGUAUGCACAGUACCUGGCUGUGAUAAGCGCUUCACUGAGUACUCCAGCCUGUACAAACACCAUGUGGUCCACACUCCAUGCAAACCAUACAACUGCAACCACUGUGGGAAGACAUACAAGCAGAUCUCCACGCUGGCCAUGCACAAACGAACGGCACACAAUGACACUGAGCCCAUUGAGGAGGAGCAGGAGGCCUACUUCGAGCAACCCACAGAAGCCAUGGAUGAUCCCAGCAUCACCUUCACGCCCACGGUGGUAGAGGAUGACUCGGGGUCUGAGCAGGUUGCCACAGGAACAGCUGAGCUCAUAGAGCAGCAACAUGUGGCCCUUAUCACGCAAGACGGAACGCACCAGGUCAGUCUCUCUCAGGCUGACAUGCAAGCCAUGGGUGGCACGAUAACCAUGGUAACACAAGAGGGGACGACUAUAACCAUCCCAGCCCAUGAGGCAAUGUUGGCCUCCGGAGGGACGCAUUCUGUUACCAUGGUGACCGCAGAUGGCACUGAAGGACAGGUGGCCAUUGUCACUCCGGACCUGUCUGCGUUUCAGACAGAGGAUGGAGAGUUGAUGCAGGACCAGGAUCAGCAGAUGGGAACUCCCCACCCUGUCACACUGCUGGCCACCUCCAAUGGCACGCACAUCGCUGUGCAGCUUAGUGAUCAGCCUUCGCUGGAAGAAGCCAUACGAAUUGCCUCAAGAAUACAGCAAGGGGAGACGCCUGGACUUGAUGACUAACAGACAUCCAGAUACAUGAAGCUUAGAGACUAUGACCUGGAGUCUGGGAUGACCUAAUCAAAAAUCAUUAGACCCUGAACCAUGAUUAUAAUGAUCAUAUUUGAAAAUUAAGAUAUUUUUGUGUGAGCAGUGUACAUAUGUUUUAAAACUGGAGUUUUCUGCUGUACAGAUUUAUUCAAUACUGCUGUUGAAUGUAUGGAUUAUUAUCAACAAAUUAAAAACAAAUCUACUGUCUUA